CAUCCAUCAACGGUCUGCCAACCGCAAGCAGCUGAAGAGAUGGUCAAAUGAGUUUCAUUCAGCGCGUGGGGAGCGCUGCCCCCCAAGGUUAUGAAACCCCAGCAUUCCCAUCCCUCUAUUGGCCACUCCCCGUCUCAGCUGUUCGACCAUACUAUUUGUACCACCCAACCGACAUAUGGCGCUUUACCACCGUCUGGACUCUGCUGCUAUAUGGAGCCGUCCAUCUUGUCGUCGCGUUCUGGGCAUGUGUAGUUCAAUGGCGGAAUUGGAAACUGAUAUGGAUAACGCCCAUCGCGUAUGUUGUCAUUGCUGGGCUUGAGGGCCUUAUCGCCGGUAGUGUGGUGGGAGGCCUACUAGGUGCCGUGUAUCAAUCCGGUUACUUCAAGAUGUCGACCUGGAUUCCCCUUGUGUGGGCGAUUAUCAAUGUCCUGGUACUCAUACUGUCAUCAUUUGCUAUUCAAGGUGGACUUUGAAGGCACAGAUUGAUGCGUAAUAGCAGCACUACGCUAUGACAAUCCUAGCGACCUUGGACAACCUUUCAAAUCUGAGGGGUCAUAGUACGGAGUUAUCGUGCGUUUUGUAUGUUUCUUGUAUGCACGGGUGCAAAGGAGUGCAGCCACGACGCAGCGCCACUAUUGGUGGGGCGGUGUGCUUACAAAGCGAACUCGUUCCGAGCUCAUUGAGAGCGUUCCGAGUUAUGCAACCAAACCUCAUUUUAGCUCCAUC